AGAAUUACAUCAGUUACCACAAACUACGUACCAGGACACAGCAAGCAGCAGCAAAGCAUCUGUUAAAAUGGCUUUCAAACUCAUCGUUGCUUUGACCAUCGUCGGUUUUGCCAACGCCGUUCUGCUGCCAACAUUGGUAAAGAAAGUGGAGCUAGAAGCACCGGCCGAGUACCAGUUCUCGUACUCCGUGCACGAUGACCACACCGGCGAUGUCAAGAGCCAACAGGAGGAACGCCAUGGCGAUGACGUGAAAGGCCAGUAUUCUCUGGUCGAUGCCGAUGGAUUCCGCCGUGUGGUCGACUACACCGCAGAUGAGCACAACGGAUUCAACGCCGUCGUUCGCCGGGAACCGUUGGCUGGACACAAGCUGGUCAAGACGGUGGUUCCCGUAACUAAGCUUGCUGUUCCAGUAGCGCACUAUGUAGCCCCUGCUGUGAAGGUUGCUGUGCCUGUUGCGAAAUAUGCCGUUCCAGUGGCCACCGUAAGCUACUCUGCUCCUAGCCUCGCCUAUCAUUACUAAGCACAUCCAGUUGCCAGUUUCAUACAGCGUCAGUACCUUUCAAUAAACUUAUCAUAGAACAUAUUA